AUCAACACACUUUUAUUGUCUUCUUUAAUUUUAAUUUCAACUUCAAUUUGCUUUAUACAAAUAUCACACCCCCUAGCCAUAGGACUAACUCUUAUUUUUCAAACUAUAAUAAUCUGCGUAACAGCAGGCCUACUAUCUAAAUUUAUAUGAUUCUCUUAUAUUUUAUUUUUAAUCUUCCUAGGAGCCACAUUAGUUUUAUUCAUCUAUGUAUCCUCUCUUGCAUCUAAUGAAACAUUUAAACUAUCAACUAGAAUAACAGCAACAUUUCUUGUCCCACUAACCUUACUACCAAUUCUUCCUCUAUUAGAUCAAAUAAUUACCCCAACUAAAGACUUAACGGAAUUAUCCUUUAUAAGAAUAAUUCAAGAAACUCAAUCAACUCAAAUACUCUUAAGUAACAUAUAUAAUCCCACAACAGCAGCGUUAACAGGAAUAGUAAUUCUAUACUUACUCCUAACCCUUAUUGUAGUAGUCAAACUUACAUCAACUUUCUCAGGACCCUUACGAACAUCCUAA